AGACAAUAGACAUUGCCCCCCUGUUCUUAGGUAUUAUGAUAUCACCUCCGAAUCAUAGCUUUAGCCACCUAGGUCUCUGUAUAAUAGCAUUAUUCUCUUAUUAUUCUCUUACCAUAUAUAGCUCUUCUUUUCAUAGGAUCUAGAUAUCUGACCUAUCCCCACGAUUCUUCAUUCAAGCACCAUGUCUUCUUCAAAGAAAAAUGUUAGCGCUAUUCCUAAAUCUACCUGCCUAAGCUCUGAGGAACAUGGUUGCAAUAUUAAAGAUCAUUUACUUCAUUACAUUGGAUGUAUUGAAUAUCGUGAUCGAGAAGACUUCUUCAACGAAAACUCCCAGAUAUGGAAAGACGAAGUUGAACACCAGGAGAAAGUGCUUGGCCAUAGCCAUGAGGAAGCAUAUAUGCUUACCGAGCUGAAGAGAAACUCUUGGAAAGCUGACUGCGAGAACGAAUUAAGUCGCAUCGGCUUUCUUCGCAGAGAGUUAUUUAAAAAUAUUAAGGACAAACAUCUGGUAUGCAGGAUACAGGAAAGUCUUGGUGCGUGGCGUGUGUCCCCUAUUAAUAAGGUCGGCAUUUUAAUUGUCGAGAGUGAUCGAAGAGCAAAGGGAAAAGGGAACUCACAGCCAUUUUAUGUAUCGCCCAGAGAUGAAGAAUAUGACCCAGAAAAAGACGUCACUGUACCUAUAAUCCAGUUUAAUGAAGGUAAACGGGAUGAACUGCGUGACCAUAGAGUGUGGAAUAGAUUUCCGAACCAGAAGACAACACUUAGCAGUUUGCUAAAUGACCAAGACAGUCUCCUGCAACAUGACAACUAUUCAUCUGACCGGGUCAUUAGAUAUUUCCACAUUCCGUCUAACAACAUGGAUUGGGUCGAACGAGCUAUCGGACGAUACUUCGGUGAAGAAAGACCAAAUUACCACACUACCCAUCGCGAGCUAAACCGAAAGAAAAAGACAAAAGCUGAUAUGGUUCUUCGGAACCAAUAUUGGCGCGGACAACUGCGCGGCAAUCAACCUCAUAACCCCGCGCAUGCAAGGCAUAUGAAGCCGCUAUGCGCGACGAUAUCAUCAGAAGAUGUCAAGUAUUUCCAUAGGAACAUGGUUCUUUUCAUGCCAUACCUUCACUGGGAAACAUCGAGAAAUAAUGAUCAAUUCUCCAUGGAGACGGAGGAAAAGAUUGCGGAAGAAAGACUUGAAGGAAUUGACAAUCUAUACAGCCAGCGGAUAGCUUUACCUCGGGCACAACGAAAGUCUAUGGUAAAGGUAGCAACUAUGAGCACCCUCCUAAAACUUAUGAAAGAGAAAUGUUUGAUUAAAAGUCGGCUAGAAGUAGACCAUAAUGGCCGGCUUAAGAUCAGACAUCCUUUAGGCCAGCUCCUCCUUGAUGCCGCAAGAUUGUAUGAAGGUAUGUCGAAUUAUCGAGACAAGAAGCUACUACGUCAAUAUCUUUCCGCAAAUCCGCCCCUUCAUCCUCGGCGUACCCUCUAUCAAGCUCACCACGGGGCACUUCAUUCUACAUGGGAGCGAGACCGAGACCAAGUUGUAUACAAACAUACAACCGCACAACAUGAAAGUUUCCACAAAUAUAAUCCGGAGACUAGCAGGUGGGAAGGCCACAUGGAUUUUGACAUCGGAGGCAAAUGUGAAGAAUGUAACAGAAAUAUCCGGAAAGUAUCUCGUGUUGUUAUGGUGGAUCAAUUAUGGAUGUGGAUUUUAGAUGCAAAAACGAUCAUCACCUGCUUUCCAAACCAGUACGGUUCGAAUAGGCAGGACAGUUCGGCCGUCCACGAAUCGAUUAGGGAUCGCAUCCAGGAAGUUAACCCUGAGCAGAUCCGUACUGUCUUCGACCUAGGGCUCAUUAUCAUUGAAGCGUGUGUUGGUUCUUUGUUCAAUCGACCAAGAGUGACGAGCCUACAACCCCAAGUAAUCGACGUGUUUUCCAAAGCUAUUGGGAAUGCUAUACACAAGCAAACCAUCAUUUCUGAUAGAUUAUGGCGCUGGGCUAGGGAUGCCAGGCAAAUCUACAAUUCCAAUUGGGAUGUUGACACUUUGGAACUUAUGACGCUCAUUGAUAUCUACCCAGAAGGUCAGCUUGAGCUGGACCUAAAGGACAUAGUGGAAGAAUUGGACAUUAUGAUACAUAUCACGAAGGUGCAUAAGGAAAUGAUUGCAGCAUUCACUACUAAUGCCCAAAGUUUGCUGGGUCCAAUUGGACGGUUCGGCGAUAGCAUAAAGUCGAAAAUAACCGACCACCACUCACUAUCACCAGAUAAGGAUGAUAUGGGAGACAAUAAGUCGUUGGUUAUGAAGGGACCGGAAGACUACAACUGGUUUAAGCUUGGUGCUGAUGAAUUACAAGGGGUCAUUACUGGACGUAUCGAGGAACUUGAGGAGUUACGAAGUGCUGCUCAUCGUACUGCCGAAAGUGUCAAAUAUCAGUUGGGAUUUAAACAACAACAUGCCAGUGUGAUCCAGGCAUGGGUAGCUCUCCAUCAAUCAGACGAGACCAUCAAGCAGGGAAGGUCGGUCAUGAUGUUUACGCUUGUGACGAUCAUUUUUCUCCCCUUAUCGUUCAUGUCCAGCGUUUUCGGGAUGAAUAAUAUCGAGAUUACCAGUGAAACUUGGUCUAUACACCGGGAAUUCUUGUACAUGUUCACUAUCUCGGCUGCAGUCAUUAUCUUGAGUUUGCUGCUUGCUUUCGGCGGCUGGAUUUGUGCUGGCCUAUUCUAUCUAUGGAAGAGAUUCAUUGCUGCAUUGAUGGUGGAAUCUGGCUUAUAUAACCGCUGGCGCGAUGCUAGCUGGCCAAGCAAGAAAUUUCAGCAUGAGGCGAAUGUCUUCUCUGAUCCCGUCAAAAGCAAGGCUAGGAAAGCUCACCUGGUACAAACAGUCAAGAAACGGUUGGCAGAAGAGGAACGUGCCAAGGCCAUGCAGGGGGGUAUUGGAAAUGGAAUUAGUUCAAGUGGUUCUCUGUCUGAGCAAGAACAAGGGAAUUGUCAUGUCGACGGUUAUUCUUCCCAACCACCAAAUCAACCGACUGCGCAGCCCAUUUACAGGCGGAUUUGGAAUGGAAAUAAUGCAAGGAGCAGAGGGAAUAUUGGACUUUCAAAUGUGUAAUCGGAUAGAAGAAUUAGUCAAUUUGUAUAAGCUAGGUACUAUAGUAUGAUACUCGAAAGAGACUUUAUCUAAAGCUCC